UUUAGAUAUCAGUUGCUAUAGCAACGAGACAGGGGGCGUCUUAAAACUGCACUCUGGCACUCAGUGGAAAAUCAGCGACGCAGGAAGAAGGAGCAGGACAGGGUAAACAAGCCUUUUCAAAAAACCCCUUGGAGACAUUUCAACAUGUACAUCAAAUUUUGUCGCAAUUACGGCCUGGAGACAAAACCACCAGAUGAGGCUAAUGCAAAACUCUCACCCGAAUCCAAAUUAUCAGUUGAACUGGAGGGAGAAAAAGGCAAGGAGACCCAGACCCAGGGAAAUGUGAGAGUGUAUCGUGCUCUGUGUGUAUUGCUCAGCAUAAUCUGUCUGGUGCUGCUGCUGGUCAUCAUUAUCCUCGGUAUGAAAUUCCAAGCUGGAUCCAAAGCCUGCCCGGAGGGAGAGGCAAUUACAGAGGCAGACGUGCGCUCGGUUGGCCGAUCCCUGCCUCCUCAGACGUGCAGCUUCGAGAAGUGCCAGGCUCUCUUCCCCCAGUCUCAAUCUCACUCGGAUCGCUCUCGUCAACCACGGCUCGGCUGCCAGCAGUGUGCUGAUGGAUGGUUGCCCUUUGACAGCGAGUGUUACUACCUGUCCAGACACAGGCUGAACUGGGAGGAGAGCCAGAGGAACUGCACGGCAAGAGGAGGACAUCUGGCUAUCAUCACCAACCAGAGACUUCAGAGCUUUCUUUCAACCGAAGGGAGUGUGAGGUACUGGAUCGGCCUGAGACACAGCGGAACCAAAUGGGCCUGGGCCAACAACACUGUGCUGGGAGUGAGUUAUUGGGCAGAGGACGGCUCAAAGGGGGAUUGUGGGGUACUGAGCGGUGGAGAUCCACCCGAGAAGAGCUGGAUCAAAGCGCCUUGCUUCGCCCACACCUACUACAUCUGUCAGCUGCAGAUGUGACCGUCUUUAUCUUUCUGAGCUGAACCAGAGCAUACCAACCACUGACAAGCUUCACCUCCUCCAUAACAUUUCAAAUCAAUACUCUCUCCACUAUACAUUUCUUUCAGUAGAUUACACUGUAUCCAGCUAAGAAAGUUAAUGAAGCUUUGUAGAUCAUUUAGACCCAGAUUUCUUAAAACUGUUAAUGGGUACUAAAAAGUUUUUUAGUGUUCAAAGUCAGCGUUAAGACUUGCCAUCGGUGCAAGACAAUCCUUAACCAGUCAUUAGGUUUGCACACAUUAAAGGCUUUAGUAAAUCGGGGCCUAUGUUUUGUAUUCAACAUGUUUUAUAUUUAACAUAGUGAGUUUGCACUAAAGGUAGUGAACAAUGUUUUUGCCAGUAGUAUUUUUCUUACAGCAUUGUGACAAACUGUUUAUUUUAACAUGUUGUUGUUAUGCUUAGUAGCACUUAACUCAGGGCAACUUACUGUCUGAACUAUUUCCAGUCAUUUUGUAUUGAUUAUAUCAGGCGUGUGUGAUUCUAUGCUUCUUCUUUAUUUUAAUGAAAAGUCAGUGAGUUUGUUUAAAGAAGGCUUUAUUCUCAUACAAAAGUGUUCAUACAGCUAAAUACAAGUACUAUAAUAAAGGUCUACUUGUUGCUUUA